CUUCCGCUCUUUUAUUUGCCAUCAAAAGUUUUCAACCGUGUAUAUUAGAAGUUAAACUCCAACUAAGUGUAAAGUGAACAUGUGAAGAAGUGCGCGAAAGGUAUAGAGUUAAAUACUUUGAAGAAUGGCAGAGAAUGCCGACAGUCUUGUACCGGAUAGUCAAGUAUCCUCGUGCAUUGGUUCGAGCACAGCGGAAAAAAAGAUGGACACUUGUCCAGAAAAUAAGUCGCAGGAACAGGAAAGAAAGCAUGGCAAUCAAAAGGCAAAGGCACAAGAAAAAGGUGAAGACAAAACAACUCGUAAGAAAACCGACAAGAAAGAUACCGAUGACAAAGUGAAGCCUAGAGAUGUGAAAAGCGUUAGAGAAACCCCACAACAGCAGGCGCAUGAAUUAGGGGGUACAGUGAAGAAAGCGAAAGCUCAGUCGCGUCGAUGUGAAAGUGCAUUAAAAGAGCGAAAUGCAAUAGAAAGCAAAGAAUGUACCAAAAUUGAGGAAAACCCAACAAAAGAAACAUCUAUAAAUGCCUCGAGUUCAAAAAGAAAUGUAAAGUUGGACGUAAGGCAACGAGAUGCCAAUUCGAAAACUGGAGAAAAACAAAAAUCACAAGAAAACCAACGGGGAGCUCUUGGAACUCAUCGGGCAACAGAGCAGAGAGAAUCUGACGAUAAGCUCAAUCUAGAAUGUCAAGCGUCCCAAGAGCAAAAUGUUUCUAACGAAAAAAGAGCUUUCGAUAAAGCGCCCACUACUAAGAAGGAAGUCAAAGCAACAUCCGGUGGGGCCAGUAAGGAUAAUACAAAAAAAUUUGGCAUAAAAAGGCAAUUAAGCUUGGAUGCUCAGAGAUCGCAGAAAAAACCAAAUACAUUAGACCCAUCGCAGCAGAAAACGGAGUCAAAGGAGCCUGAUUGUAAGAAAUUGAAAAUAACGGAUAAUAAAAGCGAGGAACAAAUUAAUUCACAGUCGCAAAAUGCCAAACAAACAAUCAAAGACCCUGUUAAGAAGAUCCCGGAGAACAGAGUGGAGGCAUCUUCAAAACAAUUGAGUAAUAAACAAACACCGAAGUCCAAUACUAAAAUAGGGAAAGUUAAAGAUACAACUACUAAGAAACCAUUGUCAGAUGCUACUAAAGCUAAACCAAAGAUAUCAAUAGAAAACGCUGAAGAAGAUCUGUUUGAGGAUGAAAAAGCCAACUUAAAAAAAAAGGAAACUAAGAGCCGACAGAAAGAGAAACAAAAGUACAUCAAAGUAAAAGUUGGAGAAAGAAGUACCCAAAUUCUAGAAGCCCAACAGAAGCUUGAAGAUCAAAGAAAGUUGAAAGAAGUUAAAAAAGUAAACGAUGAUACAAAAGUUGCUAAACCAUUACCAAAUAUCAGUAAAGAGCAGGAAACUAAGGCAAUGGCAAAUGCUAAUUUAACAUCUGAUGAAACGCCCAAAUGUCAAGUAAAACCACAGGAGGAUAGUGCAAACCGGACGAAAACCGAGAAGAAAAUUGAUGCUGCUAAGAAAUUCAAGUCCUUCGAUGAGGCAAUUGAUACGUCAGUAUUUACUAAGAAGACUUCAAAUAGGCUUCGCAAAAUAAGCGUGGAUUCUCGAAAUGAAAAACAAAAUGAUAAUGUAGCUGCAAAUAAGCCAAUGCACAAAGAAAUCGACAAAACAUUAAUGUCCUUGGAAAAGAAAAGGCUCGAAGAAGGACUUCCGAAAAAUCUGCCCCAAAAAAAAAGGAUUGUAUUUAAGAAGGACAAUAAUAAGGGCUUAAUUGAUAUACAACAGCAGCAACUUAAAAAGGAACUUGUUUUAAAAGCAACAGACGCUAUAGCAAAAACACAGCCUUCUACGAAGAUGGAAAUGGCAUCAACGGACAAGGCCAAUCAGGAUGCAUCGGAUACAUCUAGCCUUAAAGACAAAGGAAUCUUGAAAGCCGAAAAGGUACAAGAAAAACAAGAUGCGCAGUUGAAUACUGAGCGGUAUGAACUUGAAAAGCAAUUGGAUAAACAACAGUCUGUAAUCGAGAAAUCUCAGCAACAGCCAAAAACUGUUCCAAAGAAAAAAGGAACAACUGUUAGGAAAAUGUCUGUAAGCAAAGAAAGAAACCCCACAACGGAUAAGGCCGCUAAAGACGUAUCGAAAUGCGGAGUAAACUUGGAUGCUCAAAAGGGCAAAAAGGUAGCACCCAAUCGAUUACUGCAGACAAUUGGACAAAACACGGCCGAUGAUGAUAAAAAGCUAAAACCUUCUGAAAACAGUUAUGUGAAACAAACGACUUUCGACCAACGGAAAGCAUCUGUAGCUGAAGACCCUUUGAAGCUCGAUAAAAAUAAGCCUUUACCGUUUUAUGCAGACAAAAAAGUCAUUGACAAAGGACUUUUUUCAGAAGCCAUAUCAACGACGCUCAAAAAUAUGACAUUUAGGAAAAAGAUCCAGAAAAUAGCUAAUGAACCUGAACCCUCAAUUGAUAAGAAAAUUGUACCAGCCACAGAAAAACAGAUUGUUCCAGGUUUGCAACAGGAAGGUCAAUCAUUGGUAACCGAAGAUCCAAAGGACUUUAUCAAAAAUAAGCCUUGCCUGACUUUUAAAAAGGGUGCAGAAACAAAAGAGCCAAGUGAACAAAAAUGUUUAUCAGAUAAGACGAAGAUCCAAGAUAGGACGCUAAAUUUUAAAAAAGAUCAGGAAAAAGAAAAGGAAAUUGCAAACAAGACCAAUAUAUCUUUACUACAAUCAGAACAAAUGAUUGUUCCUAGAUCUGAAGGGAAAAAACAAUAUACAUCUUAUCCAUUACAUAAGACAACCGAGCAAACCAUGGCCGAUAGUAAAAUUCCAAAUCCUUUUAAGACUAAAGACAGACUCGAGAAAAUGCCUAAGCAAAAGAUAGAUAAGGCAUCGGUAUCGAAGGAUCCCAAGGAAAUUGUCAAACAAAGGCCUUGCCUGACUGUUAAAAAGGAUAAAGACAAAAAAGAUGAAAGCAGCAAGAGCGACAAAUCAAAUAUAAAAGAGAAGUUAGCUCAGACCACGAGCAUAAUACCAGGCUCUGAAAUAGAUGUGAUCAACGGUGGUCAAGAGAAAAAACUGAGUGAACUACAGAGGAUGACUCAGCGAAAAGUUGUCGUUGAUACACAGAUGAGCCAUUCUAAAAAUAUUAAACAUAAACAUUCUCAACUACAGAAAGAUGUUAUUUCAAGUUCUCAAGAGCAAAAACUAUUUAAAUCAGACCUGUUACUGAAGACAUCUGAGCAGAAUACGGUCGAGAGUAAAAUAUUCAACCCCUUUAAAAUUACAGAUGACAUUCAAAAACCUUCUCAACAACACGAACCAUGGGUAAAAAAAGAUCCAAAGGUUCUAGUCAAAAAUAGGCCUUGUCCCACUUUUAAAAUAGAUAUAGAUAAAAAAGAUACAACUCUCAAGCGAAGUUCAUCAGAUGAUCAACUAAAGAUCAAAAUAAAGAAAGAUGUGAGACAACUCAAUACAAAGGAAAGGCAAAAAUCUGAAAUGACUAUCAACAUCGUAACGGGCGCUCAAGAGAAAGAACGAUGUGAAUUACAGAAAACAAUUGUGCGAAAAAUUGCUCAUGAAAAACAGUUGAGCCAUUCUAGAAAUAACGAUCAAAAACUUCCUCAAUUACAGCCAGAUAAAUCAUCGCUUAUCAAAGACUGUGGAGAGCUCGAUGAUAAUAGGCCUUGCCCGACCUUCAAGAAAGACACAGGCAAGACAGUGUCAGCUGAUAAGCGGGGAGUGUCAGGCGACGUAUUGAAAACAAAAGAAUCAAAAAUCGAUGAAACAAAAAAACUCCAAAUAGAUAGAGAAAUUUCUCAAAAGACCAACAUAAGUUUAAUGGACUCUGAAGACAAAAGUCUAUUUGAGUCAGAUCAAUUACUGAAGCCAGCGGAGCAAAACAUAGUCGAUGGUAGAAACGUAAACCCUUUUAGUAAUAAAGAUGAGAAACAAAAAGUUUCUCAACAACAGGAUCAUCAAUCUUCGUUAAGAAAAGGCCCCAAGGAGCUGAGCAAAAAUAAGCUUUCCCCGUCUUUUAAAAAGGAUGUUCCUAACAAAGAGCCAAGUUGCAAAGAGCUUUUAACAAAUGAUACGCCAAGAAUCAAAGAAAAGAUGACACAGCAUGUGAAAGAACCGAAAAAAGAAAAAGAAAUUUCGCAUAAGACCAAGACCCAUCAAACUAUUACUCCAAGUUCUCAAGAGAAGAAUCUAUUAGAGUCAGAUCCGUUACUGAAGUCAUCUGAGCAGAACGUGGUCGAUGUUAGAAAUUUAAAGCUUUUCAAAAACCAAGAUGAGAAACAAAAACCUCCUCAACAAUACGUCAAUGCGUCAUUGGCAAAAAAAGAUCCCAAGGAGCUAGCCAAAAGUAGGCUUAGUCCGACUAUUGAAAAGGAUGCUGCCAAAAAAGAUAUAACUCUCAAGCGAAGUUCAUCUGAUGACCAAUUAAAAAUAAAAAGAGACAUGAAGCAAGUUGAAAGAAAAGAAAAUAAAAAUAGUAUGGAAAAUUCGGGUAAAUCAGAGAUCAUAUUACCAAGCUCUAAAACAGAUUUGAUACCAGGCUCUCAAAAGUUUCAAUUAAGUCAAGAACGACAUGAAUUACAGAAGACAAUUGUUCAAAUAACUGCCGAAGAUGAACAGUUAAGCAUUUUUAGGAAUAACGAUCAAAAACUUCCUGAGCUACAGCAAGAUAUAUCAUCGGCUACCAAAGACAGGGAGGAGCUAGAUGAAAAUAUGUCUUAUCCGACCUUCAGGAAGGAUACAUGCAAGAAAAUGUCAGCUGAUAAGCAAGGAGUGGCAGGGGACAUAUUAAAAAAAAAAGAAAAGAAAAUUGUUGAAACAAAACAACAGGAAAAAAAAACAGAAAUUUCGCAAAGGACCAACAUAAAUUUACUUCGCUCUGAAAAAAUGUUUCUUCCAGAUUCUGAAGAGAAAAAAUUGUGUGGAUCAGAUCUGCCCCCAAAAACGUCUGAGCAAAACCAGGUCGAUGGAGAAAAUUUAAACCCUUCUACCCGUCUACAAGAGGAAUUUCAAUCGUUGGUAACACCAAAAUAUAAAGAGCAAGAGACGAAGAUAUCCUUACUACACUGUCAAAAAAGUGUUGAUCCAGGUUCUCAAGAGAAAACCUCAUGUGGAUCAGAUCCGUCCCCAAAGACAACUGAGCAAAACAAAGUCGAUGAUAAUUCAAACCCUUCUGAUAAAAAAGAUGAAAAACACAAAAAUCCCAUGGAGCUUGACAUAAUAAAGCCUAGCCCGACUCUUGCAGUGGAUGCAGAUAAAAAAGAGACGAUCAACAUAGGCGAUACACCAGACGGCGCUUCAAAGAAUAAAGAAAAGAAGAAAGAUAAGAAGAAAGACAAGAAGAAAGACAAAAAGAAAGAUAGGGACAAGAAAAAAGAAACGGCAAAAUCAGAUAACUCCAAGAAUCUUGUGCCUAGCUGCCAAGAGGAAAAUAAAGUAUUGAUAACAGCAGACCAUAAGGAGGUCAAUGAAAAUCAGCCUUGUCCGACUCUCAAAAAGGAUGCAGAUACGAAUGAAAUGAGUGUUAAACAACCUUUAUCAGAUGAAAAAUCAAAGUCAGCGGAGGAAAUGAAAGAUGAAGCAAUUGAACAGGAAAAAGAAAAUUCAAAUAAUACCAAGAAGUCCGUACUAGACUGUAAAGAUGUCAACCCCAAAUCUCUAGAGAUUAUAGCCGAUGGUAGAACUGUACAACCUGUAAAGCCUUAUAUAGAACAAAACGUUCUUCAACACCAAGAAACCCAUUCAUCGUCGACGAAAGGUUGUUGUCAAUUACAGAAAAAACUAUUAGAUUCAGAUUCGGAACUGAAGACAUCUGAGCCACACAUAGUCGAUGGUAGAAAUUUAAACACUUUUCACCCUCAACAACUGAAAGAUCAAUCGCCAACAAAACUUGAAUACAAAGAGCACGAUAAAAGUAAGCCUUCCCCGUAUACAACAAGGAAUGUAGACAAGAAAGAGCUAAACAUCAAAGAACUUCCAUCAGAUGUUACGCUCAAGUUCAAAGAAAGGAAGACCAAUGAUGAAAAAGAUCCCAAGGAGCUUGACAACAAAAAACCUUCCCCGUCUAUUCCAAGACCUGCAGACUACAAGAAGCCAAGAGAGAAAGAUCUUUUUUCAGAUGUUACGCCGAAGAUCAAAGGAAAGAAGACAGUUGGUAUUAAAGAACAGAAAAACGUAAAGGAAAUUUCGCAAGGGACCAAGAUUUCUUUGCUACAUUCAGAAAAAAUUGUCCCUGCUCGUUCUCAAGAGGAGGAAAUACAAUGUAAAUCAGAUCCGUCACCAAAGACAACUGAGCAAGACAUAGACGAUAGUAAAAAUGAACAACCUGAUAAAAAACAAAAAGUUCCUGAACAACAAGAUGAAUCAUCGAUAAGUAAAGAUCCCAAGGAGCUUGACAAGAAGAAGCCUUUCACAUCUAUUACACAGAAUGCAAACAGGAAAGAUACAAGUGUCAAAGCACUUGUAUCAAAUGUUACGCCAAAGCUGAAUGAAAAUAAGACUGAUGAUGAAAAUAAAGUGCAAAAAGAAGGUGAAAUAUCUUUACAACAUUGUGAAAAAAAUAUUAUUCCAGGUUCUCAAGAGAAAAAACUUUGCGAAUCUGAUCCACCACCAAAGACAAGUAUGCAGAACAUUGUCGAUGGUAAAAAUGUAAACGCUUGUGAAAAAACAGAUGAAAACCAAAACUUUCCUCAGCAACAGGAAGAUAAAUUAUCACAAUCCUAUGAGGAGCUCGACAAAAAUAGGUCUUGCCCGAUUGAAAUUAAGGAUGCAGUCAAGAAAGAAGCAAGCAAUAAUGAGGAUUUAUCGAAGCUUAAAGAGAAGAAAAAGGCCAAGAAAGAAAAGAAGAAAGAAAUGAAGAAAGAAAAGAAAGAUCGUAAGAAAGAAAAGAAGAGACAAAGGAAAGAAAAGAAGAAGGAAAAAAAGAAACACGAGAAGGACAAGAAAAAAGAAAAGGAAACAGCAGAUAAGAGUUCGAAAAUUGGAUCAGGCUCUAAAAUAGAGAAAAAACCUUGUGAAUCAGAUACGACACAGAAGACAACUGACCUGAAGAUAAUCGAUGAUAAAAAUGUGAAGACUUCUGAAAAUAAAGGUGUUAAACAAAUAGUUCCUCAACAGCAGGAAAGCAUAUCAUCAGUAAAAGAAGAACCAAGAGAGCUUGACAAAAAGGAUGCAGACAAGAAAGAUACAACCGACCAAGGAGCUUCAUCAGAUCCCAAAACAAAGAUGACCGAAGCAAAGACAGAUGAAGGGAUCGAAGAGAAAAAAGGAAUGGAAAAGUCGAAUAAAGGCAAAAGAAUUGUACUAUGCUCUAGAAAACUGAAAAACCUAUGUGAUUUUGAGUCGUCACAAAAAACAACUGAGCAGAACGAGGGUAAAAUGCUUAACCAUUCUGAAAAUACAGACGAAACAGAAAAGGUUCAACGAGAGGAAAAUAAAUUAUCAGCAGCAGAAGAUGCAAUGGAGCUUGACAAAAAUAUGCCCUGCCUGGCUCUCAAAGAGAAUGCAGACGAGAAAGAUACGAGCGACAAAGGAGCUCUUUCCGAUGACAAAACAAAUAUGAGGGAACAAAAGGCUGAUGAUGGGAUAGAAGAAAAAAAAGGAAAGGAAGAUUCGAAUAAAGCCACAAGAACUGUAUUAUGCUCGAAAAAAGUCGUUAUUCCAAGUUCCCAAGAGACAAAACUGUUUGGUUCCGAGUCUUCGAAAAAGUCAACUGAGCAGUACAUAGUCGAUUUUGCAAUGUUUAACCAGCCUGAAAACAAGGACGAAAAACAAAAGGUUCCCCAAGAACAGGAAGAGAAAUCAUCGGGAACAGAAGAGGAGGUGGACAAAAAUAAACCUUCCUUGGUUAUUAAGAAGGAAGCAGGCAAUAAAGAGACAAGUGCUAAACCAAUUUUAACAGAUGACACAUUGAAUGCAACAGAACAAAAGACAGACGAAAAGAAAGAGGGGAUAAAGGAACAUGAAAACUCUGAUAUUAUCCCAAGUUCUCAAGAGAAAAAACAAUAUGAAACAAACGUAGUACACUUUCCAAAAUUGUACCCAUCUGAAAUUAAAGAAGAAAAAGAUCAAGGUAAAGCUCCCCAACAGAAGGUGACACAGGACCAUGAGGAUAAAACUAAACCUUGCCCGACUAUUAAGACGGAUGCAGACAAGAAGGAGACAAGCCACAAAGGAGGCUUAUCAACGAUUAAGGAGAAGAAGAAAGAUAUGAAAAAAGAGAAAAAAGACAAAAAAAGAGAUAUGAAAAAAGAAAAUAAGAAAGCUAAAAAGAAAGAGAAGAAGGAAAAGAAAAGGAAAAUGGAGAAAUCAGAUAAGACUAAGAAAGUUGGGCAAGGCUCUCAAGAGCAACAGGACAAUAAAGAAUCGGUUAUAAAAGACCAUAAGGAUCACGUUGAAAAUCCACCCUACCCGAAUCUUGAAAAGGAUACAGACAGCAAUGAGAUAAGUGAUAAACAAAAAGGAGAAAGUGAAAUCGAACAGGAAAAAGAAAACUCGGAUAAGAAAACAGAAGCGUGCUCUGGUAAAACUGUUAUACCAGAGCCUCAAGAGGUAAGCAUCUGUACAGUUUAG